GGAGAUGGGCACAGCCGCAGGCUGUGUGUUGGGUGUGACACGCUUCUCCCUCCUGCUGAAGAUCGCUUGACAAAGCGGCAGGUCCGCUGUCAGAAGUGGAUGGGAGCAGAGCGGGGCUACAGAGAACUAAGUCCUAAAGUUGCCGAAGAAUGAGUGAAUUCCGGCUGUCCUGUAAGAACAGUACACCAGGCUCCUUUAACAGCUCCUGGAGUGGAUGGCACCACUACCAGGUGAUUGGUGCUGCAGAGACAAUCAUCCUUCCCUCUCUUAUUGGGGUUAUCUGUUCAACAGGCUUAGUUGGAAAUAUCCUCAUUGUAUUCACAAUAAUAAGAACUCAGAAGAAAACUAUCCCAGAUAUCUACAUCUGCAAUCUGGCUAUAGCAGAUUUGGUUCAUAUCAUUGGCAUGCCCUUUCUCAUUCAUCAAUGGGCACGUGGAGGUGAGUGGGCUUUUGGCAGCCCCCUUUGCACCAUCAUUACCUCCCUGGACGCAAGUAACCAGUUCACAUGCAGCGCCAUCAUGACUGCAAUGAGUUUGGACAGGUACGUUGCUCUUGUCCAGCCAUUUUGCCUAACCCACCUGAGAACAAGAUCAAAGACAAUUCGAGUCAAUUUAUGUUUAUGGGUGGCAUCGCUUAUUCUGAUGUUCCCAGUGUGGGUCUAUUCAAAAGUAAUAAAGUUCAAAGAUGGUUUGGAAAGUUGUGCUUUUGAUCUAACCUCACCUGAUAAUGUUCUCUGGUAUACACUUUAUCUUACUAUAACAACUUUCUUUUUUCCUUUACCACUGAUAUUUAUUUGCUAUAUUUUGAUUUUAUGUUACACAUGGGAGAUGUACCAGAAAAACAAGAAAGCAGGAAGUUACACCACCAGUAUCCCCAGGCAAAGGGUCAUGAGGCUUACUAAGAUGGUUCUUGCUCUGGUCAGCGUGUUUGUAGUAAGUGCUGCCCCAUUCCACGUGAUCCAGCUCAUGAAUCUCCAGGUUUCUCAGCCAACCCUGACGUUCUACCUGAGCUACUAUGUCUCCAUCUGCUUCAGCUACACCAGCAGCAGCAUUAAUCCCUUUCUCUACAUCCUGCUUAGUGGGAACUUCCAAAAGCGUCUCCGGCGGUGCACAAAUGUGGAUGUUAGAAUGGCAGAACGGGAUGUCAACAUAAUUGAAAACACCCUCAAGUCAAGUUUUUGAAAGAAGGGUCUUCUUCCAAGAAAAAUGCAUUAUCUGUGUACAUUUGUGUUCGUUGCAAUAGAUGGACAUGAUUUCGCUUCUUUUGUCGAAGUGUAAGUCGGAAGUGGCUUUGUUGCUCGAAUUCCGUGAGUUGAUGUAAGAAGAGGAUCUGCAUCACUGUUUGAAAGGUUAGAGCUUCUAGAAGAGAGACCGUCUGCAAAAAUAUUAUUUGUUACUGUGCCAUUGCUUUUUUUAUGAUGAUUUGUACACAGAUUGACCAAAUGAAUCAAUACAAAAGUGGAUUUAAAAAAAAUGUAGUCCUCUGGUAGUAAGAAGAUAGAAUGACUGUGGCAGGCAUUUGGGAUCUGACAUUGUGUGUGAAGUCAUGGAAGCUGUAAGUUAAUGACUAAACGAGACUCAGUUACUAAUGACUCAGAAGGGGGUAACAAUUGGUUUUUAUCCUAUCUACGUGUGUCUCAUCUGACACUCACUUUUCCAGCUGUUAAAGGCAAGGGAGAGACAUAAAAAGUCCCUUUUUGAGGAAAACUACUUUUGAAUUAACCUUUGCACAUGUACUUGCAAACAAGUAAGUGAAUUCACAGUGCAUCGUUGGAAAUUAUUAAACCUAAGUUUUGAAAA